AUGAUGCGUGGAGAAGCCGCCGACGGCGCUACCGUUCUGUCCGAGUUCACCGUCUUGCGCAAGCCCAGCAACGACAACAAGUACUGGCACACUGCUGUGCAUCAGGGCGAGCCCGUGACCUUUCGGGUACUCGAUGACAGCGGCAUCGACCCGGUGGACGGGGCUGGCUACGUGAUGGCGCGCGUGCAAGCCAUGCAGAAGCAUAUGCAGGAGGCCCGUGUCGACGUCGCCGCCGAGCACGCCUACCGCGCCGUGCUGGUGGAGGUGAGUCUCCUGGACGAUCCCAUAGCAGUCCCUGAAGAGACGCAGCGCGACAUGAACUGUGCCGUGGACCUGUGGUGCCCGCUGCACGUGGCGCUCAUGACAUCCAACAAGGCAGCCGCGCAGGCACUCCUGCAGUUCCACGUGGAGCAUGCGGUAACCGCCAUGACUUAUAUCGCAAGCACUCCAAGCGCAAUCGGCAACGCUGGCGCAGUGGAUGCGCUAGACUCUCCGCCUGUAGCGCCGGCGCUCGACGAUGAUGCCCCCGAUGCGCCUGGAGACGAUCAUACCGCUUCAGUCCCGCCAGUCGCUGCCUCGCCGAUUCUCGAGUGCCACGUGCAUCGAGAGCUAGGAGGUGCGGUGGUUCUGCUUGGCCACUUUGACGGUCGCGUCCGACUCUCCUCCGCUGCAGUUCGCAAGAGCCGCCUGCCGACCCCGGUUCGUGGGGGAUCUCCGCACGCCGCACCUGUCAGCAGCAGUCCCGGAGGCAUCGAGAGCGCCCUCGCUGGUGGCUGCCACUGCAGCACCGGCAUCGCUGUCGGUGAAGACGCGCUCGUGCAGAACCAAUGCAAGCACAACGACGCCCUCCUGCGAGAGGAAGAUGCCCUCUUCGAGGACAAGGGCGAAGAGUACUGUCUGCGCAACAUCCUCGUAGCGAUGCGCCCACUUCUGCAGAGCGUCGUCCUCGAAAUCAAGCGGCGCGCGCAGUGCACGACGACGACCGCGCCCUUGUCGCUGCAGCACCACCACCACACUCACAAGGCAAGCCUGGCGUGUGCCACGCCGGUGGUGCCGGAGUCUGCCAUCGACUUCGUGCAUGACUACUGCAGUAGUCUUAGCAUGCUGCCCCAGCACCCGCCACUGCUGAUUGAUGGGGACACGGUUUUCGAUGUGUGCAACCACGGCGACCUUGCGUUGCUUGCCAACGUGAUAGACGUCUUCGAGGGCUGUUUCGCCCCCAUCCUCCGCGGGCAGACGUUGCUCACCGAUCGAUGCGCUGGCGGCAGAGGCGUGGGCUUUGCGGCUCCCACCGGCGCGGCAUUCCCGCACAACUUCAGCCUCAGCUCACCUCCGUCCCUCAGCGGAACGGGACAGUCUAGCUCUCCAAGCUUCCUCUCGCUGGGAGGAGACGCCAGCGCUCACAGCAUGGCGGGCACCUCACAUAAGGGUAGCGUUGGCCGACAUGUGCACGCGCUUCCACCGGCGCCCUUCUGGUGGAGCUGCCCGCCGCAAAAUGUGCAUCGCUUGGCGUUCGUCGCCGUCUGGAUUGGGUGCCGCGAGGCAAUCGAUGAGAACAGCGGCUCUGGUCGUCGCCGCGCAGUGAGCAUGUCGAACAAGAACCGAGUGACGAUGGUCGCCAUCCGGCAGCUGCAGGAGUCGCGGGUGGCAGCGCAGAAGCUGGACUCCACCAUCUGGUCCGGCCAUCUCAUCACCAUCAUGAAGCUGCUCUCACGCGAGUGUUCCUUGGAGGACUACGUAGACUUUGUUGAAGAGGGCGGCUAUUUCGCCUUCACCUCCCCCCGCGGCUUCUCUGGGCUGUUCCUCUCGGUGUUGGUGUCCGGCGUCAUGGCGGCUGCGCUGGUGCCGGAGCCGGCCAUGCUGCGAGUGCUUCGGUGCAAGGUGGAGACGCUGCUGGCCGAUGUACCCGGUCGCCCGUCGCCGCUGCGCACGUACGUGAUGGGCCGUCCGAGCACGCAUGCGGAACGUUUCCGAGAGCUGUGGCUGGAUGCUGGCUGCCAUGGGAUCGCGAAUCCCGACGGCGGCAACGGCCAGAACGACGCUGGCGACACUGAGACGGGCGGUUUCAAUCCUGUGGGUGGAAUCCAGAGUGCUGAGCGCCGGCCCAUGAAGUUCCGCUCCCGCAUCGAACUACUAUACUACGCCGUCAUCGAGCAGGUCGUGGCGGCGGCCGAGGAGGCCUGGAGGAUGCAUGAAGCCGACGACGGCGAUUCAUCCGAGGCGGCGGGGGAUAGCGCUGCCCCGUCGUCGUCGUCGUCGCCGUGGCCCUCUGGUGCAACUAAGGCGGAAGCCCUGACGGCGCUGCAGGGCUGGCUACUCAUGUGGGCAAACUUCCUCACAAGCCUGCGGGAUUGGACGCCGCACCGUGGCAGCUUCAGCUGCAGUACUGCAUCAUCGCAGAUGCCGCAGCAGGAACGGCCACAACACAGCUUGAACAGCGGUGCAGAGGGUCAACUCACUGUCGGCGGCAUGUCCCCUCCCUUGACCGCCACGACCGCACCGCACCACGAGCACACCGCCAGCUCCGAGGACCUCUUCAGCGACGACGCGAACGAGACGGCGGACAUGGUGCAGCGUGUGUCUCACGCUCUCGUUGAGCGACUCGAGACAGGCCGGGAGCCCCUGCCGGCGCUGCGACGUGCCCUGUUCCCGAACGGCGCCAACGACGUAGAAACCGGCGCCCCGGCUGCUGGCGCGUCGGCACAUGUGGACAAAGACCUGCCCGUCUCCUCCAUCGACCAGGAGUUCGCCUCAGCGCAGCACGCCUUCGCCGCCACGGCUGGCAGGGAGAGCGAUGAGGUCAAGCUCAAGUUCUACGGCCUCUUCAAGCAGGCAACGGUCGGUGACGUGAAUACGGACCGCCCUGGCAUCUUCGACUACGCGGGAAAGGCGAAGUGGGACGCCUGGUCAAAGCUGAAGGGAAUCAGCCUGCUGGAUGCGAAGCGCAUGUACGUGAGCCAGUACAAGAUGAUGAUGGAGCUGCGCAAGUCCCGGAAGUAG